CAGUGAAAACCACCACCUGUCCUCAACACCUGACGCGAGUGUUUCUGAGGGAGUGUUGGCCGCGCUGCUUGCCUUGCUCCUGCCGGCGUGAAGGGCGCUGUGGGGGGAGUGCCGGCGUGUUAGAGUGACGUGAGGAGAGUGAGUGAGAUGGUAGCGCGUGUGGAGACCCAGGACGGCGCCAAGAAGAGGGACCAGAGGUGUGGGCCGUGAAGAUGCGUGGUGUUGGUGGUGAAGCAGAGAGUGGUGGCGGUGGCGACAUGGUGACACUGGCUACCGUGUUGAAGUGCCGGGGAGCGCCGCUGAAGGAAGAAGAAACGUGGGCCCUUCUUGCCGCCACAGCCACUACAGUACAGGACGCCCUUCUCUCAGGGGAAGGCGUGUACGGCGUUGUGGUGUGUCCUGAGGGCGUGGCGCUGCGGAGGUGUGGGCGUGUGGAACUGCUACCUACCACUGCUGCCGCCCACGCACUCUUCCUGCCGCCCAUUGAGGAGCAGCAUGACGGAGAGCGGGUGCUGGUGUUCUCCCUUGGACGGACCCUGUGGGAGGCUGCUGGGGCUGGGUGCGAGGGCAGCGGUGGGAGUGGCGGCGGCGGUGUGUCCCCCAGCCUGCGGUCCACCCUGGCGGCCAUGACACACUCCCUCCCCGCCCACCGCCUCGCUCUGGUCCACAUUUUCCAGCUGUUGGUGGAGCGGCUGGACACGAGAAACGCCCUCAACUACACCGCCACCGUGCGAGCCCUGCACGAGGAGGCGUGUGGUGGUGGUACCCCGCCAGCACCAACCCCAGACCCCGCCCCGCUCUCCUUCGGGGAGGCUCGGGGCAGGUCAUACUCUGCAUUAGAGCCCCGCACGUCAUCUUCCAGGAACCUGAGCCGCGCCUCGGAGCAGUCCGUCAGCGUGGAGGAUCUAAGGGCAGCGCACCUGUCGCUGCAGAGUGCGGUGCAUAACCCAGACAGUUUGCCUCGGUCAGCCAGCAUUCUGGGCCAGAGCAGAGCAACGCCACGCCCCACCCCCCGGACAUCACUGCAUGAGGGCCAGCAGAUCUCCAAGGAGGCUGAGGAGAGGAGUCUAGUGAGGGCCAAAAGAACAUUUCAUUCUCUUGGGUCACUCAGCACUACCAAAGAAAACGUGCCACCUGCAACCAGCACUCCCACCAGCACCACCUCAGCACUCCACAUGAGCCCGAUCCAGGAGGCACCUCAGGGUAGGCCGGCAGACCAAAGUGGCUCAACAGGAAAGGCUUCUUGUGGGGUGGAGCCCAAGACAACUGUGACUGUGGGCCGGAGUGCCACGGUGGCUGGGGACAUCAAGGUACAUGGCUGAGUAUGUUAUCGGGUGGAAAAGAACAAUACCGCUUGCAUUACUGGCUUCUGUUUUGGCACAUGGAUCUGUGUAAAGCCAGAGAUCCAUUGAGUGCUGGCUGUUUGUGAUUCAGCUAGGACAUGGAUCCUUGUUACCUGGGUUUGCUGUGGACCAUUUUCAUUCAAUCUUUGUUUUAGUGUUUGGUUUUAUAAGUUUAUGUAUUGGUAUUAGCCAACUACUGUGAUGUGUGGCACCCUUUGCCUUGCCUUUGUGAAAUAAAAAUAGUAACAGUGCUCAUCAUUAGAGUUGUCACUGGGACUUCAUUGGUUA